AUGCCCAGUUGUCGGGAGUACGCCAUGAAUAUACUUGCUGCAGAUUGGGAGUACAAUGAGCACGAGCUUGCAGAAUUACUCCCAGAGCAGGGCAAAUGGGCGAAAGAGUCUGCAACCUCUUUCGCGAGAAAGCAGGUCGACGAUUGGGAUUCGCAAGGUCUUGACUACUGUCCCUUUUCCAGCGUUACAGACAGAAGAGUGGGCGCGGAGGCGAUGAAGUCUCGCAUUUCGCAAGGACACUGGACGUUUGUGCCCGAGCGUGAACUUGAUGAGUGGUUUAGUGACUCAGAAAUCAAAGCUUUACACGGUGAGGUUACUGGCGGGUGCCUUCCAGACGGGACCGGCCGCAGAUGGCCAAGGAGCGUCGGCAGGGAGUCGAUGCACUUGGCUUGGUCGUCUUGCUCGAAGCAGUCUGGUGGCUGCAAAACCAUGCGUGAUGUGGUUCAUUGGAUGACGACGCGUGGCCUGACUCGGCUGCUUCUCGUUGGAGAUUCAAUGAUGGAGCAGUUUUGGGGCGCGGCGCAGUGCUCAUUAGAGAAGGAAGACUGUACGGCUGUUGAAGCCCCCCCUGGCCACAAGAGAGUGUCUUGUCCCUCCAGGUCUGGCACAGGCCGAGCAUUUGAGGAAAUUGAUUUCAUCAUGCUUCCAAUGCACCGCGUUGAACAAGGGUCCGGUGGACUCGACAAUGUAACUGCAGAGCUCGAUCGUGCAGACAUUGCCAUCGUCAACCAGGGGCAUCAUGGGCCAGACCACAUGGACGCCGUCAUGAAGCUGAUGGUUGAGAAGGCAAAGAAGAAUGUGGGGACGCAGCGGAAGGUUUUCUGGUCACAAUCAACGCAGCCCCAUUUCCCUGGUGAGGACGGCAGCUUCAAAGAGAGAGUCGCUCCAAACGACGUUGACUUCAACCAAGUUGACCCUUCGCUUAUGUUGUGUGGCCCCUUCAAGAACGACAGCAGGCAGUUCAGCGCAAACGCAGAUGCAGAAGCACUGUUGAAACAAAUCGAUGAUAAGAGCAAUGUGCGCGUGCUACCAUUUCAUCAGUUUAGCGCUGGCCGGUGGGACAUGCACGGCAACUGGGGCGGAAGGCGCGACGAGGCAGGGACCAAAGUGGACGUGGAUGCCCGUCGCUUGCACUGGCAAAAUGACUGUCUACACUUCGUCUACUCGCCAACCUUCUACGCGCCCUACUUUGGAUUGCUCAACGAGGCCCUCGAACGGUGA